GUCGUUUUGUUGUUAUCUUUUUUAUUUUUUCUUUUUUUUCUUGAAGAAGCAUAGCAUUUCGGAUAUUCCCAUUAGCUGCGUCCCCAACAAGUUAACCCGAGUAGAGUCCCUUGUAUCCCGGCUCUGGUCCAUUGUCACCAGUGCGUAUUUGCAAGCCUCCCACACUCCACUCUCUCUCUAAGAAUCAAAUCAAUCACCACCGCCGAUUUUGCCACGCCGCCUAUCCCUCGCACAUCGAUACGGUCAAGCCGUACCUUCGAGAUCGUCCUUCGCAGUGUUGCGUCGCCCGACAGCGAAUCGAUCCCACCAUACACUUACACACAAUUUUCCGCCCUAUCAACACCUGCCAAUGUUUUCCUCAUGUCCAGCACGUCACCCCAGCCUGGAAGUACCGCAAUACCACAUCCACAACCACCACCUCCACUCAAGGAGCCGACAAACCCAGUUCAGGUAUCGUCGUGUGGUAACCCUGUCGAUCCAGCACAAGUCCUGUCGCAGGGGCCGCCAGACCGCAGCCGUAUUCCUGUCUCAGCGGCAGAGGCAGAAAAGACAAGCAAUGGCACGAGCGCAAGCACGACCGCAGGCACAGGCACAGGCACAGCUGCUGCAACGAUAAACGCUACACCUCCACCACUCCCCCCGGGUGUAGAUGCUGCUUGUCCUUCCACCCCUGCGCAGAACCAGCAGCAUGGCGCCGGUAAUGCGGACCAGAAUAAAAAGCCCCGAGGCCCAGUCUUACCUCGACCUACUGGCCCGUCCCUGCUGACGCAAGCCUUGGCUUCCGCCCGUGGUAUACUCUCUAAUACCUCGACCCCCGUUAUUGCCCAGCCGGAUCCGAACCGUGUCCUGUCACAUAGUCCCGGCAACCAGGGUCCUACCUCUCCCUCUACUACUUCUUCUUCUUCCCCUCUGCACCAACCACACAACGCCCCUCCAACGCUACCCCCAGGUUCAUCUUACACCUCUCCUUCGCCCACCGCUACUCCAAUCUCGACGUCACCCCACAAAACCAAUGAUGCCCGCAGCGAUGCCGCACCGCAUGGGCUCAGCAACUCUUUAACGACGCAAACUGGCCUCCCACCCCGAUCGUCAGUCAUGUCGGCCUCGACCGUGGUUUCUACCCUCACCGUCUCCGGCUCGCUUCCCGUAGCUAACCCAAAGCUGCACCUACACGUUGGUUACAAUGUCCUGGAUUCGAGCGGGUUAGAUGCCAGAAGUCGGGCCAUCAAUGGCCGCCGGCCGAAAAACGCCGACAGGGUUGGGUCUUCUGAUUACCCGGACUCGACGCAUCUUUCAUUGAGAGCUCCGAGUGCCCCCACUUUGAGUUCUUCAGCAGGCGCAAAGCCGCAGUCGACAUCGCCCAGCGUACACCCUCGGCCAAACUUGACUACCAAGCAAGGAGCAGACUCGGCUUCGGUCGACGAUCGGAAUCUUACAAGGAAGCAAAGUAUGGAACAUAAGGUAUCUGUCGGACCAGAAAAGAUCUGGUCUAUAGGUAGUGGCGAGUCGGAUUGCCUCGAGGAUGGACAAGUAGAGAAGUCGGUGACUGAAGUCAUAUCCGGCGUCGAGCACAACAAUCGCAGCCGCAAAGCUAGUCAUAGUCUCCGCUUUUUCAAGGAAGGACUACCAGAAGAGAGAAACAAGAAGAAAGAUUCUUCUAAACAUACCGGUCAUGUAUGGGAUACUACAUCCCCGAGUCUUGAGGCCCCAGCAACAAUUCCGGAACAUUCUGUCGCUGAAAGCGAUUCAGCCCUUUCAUCGUCACCAAAGUCUGUGGAUCCUCAUGCUGAUAUAUUUCACCAAAUUCAACGUUCGACCUCGGUCAAGAAGGCCAAGGAGAAAGAUGCCAUCAAGAAGGGAUCUGGUAAUGAUUAUUUUGCAGACGUCGAGCCGGGCUUCACGUCCAAGUUCGCAGAUCGCCGCCAAGACAUCCCACAGCCCAAGGAAUAUGAAGUGCUGCCCGAUCCUGCACUUGAGCUUGAGAAGGAGGUGCCUCGUGAAAGGAGGAAGUCUAGCGACAGCAUCUUGUCUACAAGGAGUACCGACGAUGGAGAUGACUCGGGCGAGGAGAAGAUAUCCUCUGCGGUCUUCGUGCCCCACCAAGCUCCACAGGAACAGAUGGGAACUCCUGCAGACCCCGUGAGUAUCCCGGGUCAAGCUAAUGGGCAGAGGAUAUCGCCCAGAGCCGACGGUUGGCUCGUCAAGGCUGACGAGCCAGAAGUCGAUCGUCGCGAUGAAGCUGGUGAUGAGUCAGGGGCACUCACUUUGUCGGGGUCAGACCGAACUUCUGUUACUCAAGGAUCCGGUCUAGAGCAGCCCGUCUCGAGGUUGCCCCCGCAAGGAGCCUCUGCUAUCAUAGACUUCGCAGCACCUAGAGGUGAUCUGAACGGGCCAUCUCAGCAACUGCAAACUGCAGUAACCUAUGAAGAUCAACCAUCCCCGCAACCUUUGGAGGCGAUUGAGUUGAUUCCUUACAAACACCAAGUCGGUGGUCACACAACACUCUGGCGAUUCUCAAAGCGUGCAGUUUGCAAACAAUUGAACAACCGGGAGAAUGAGUUCUAUGAGAGGAUUGAGCGAGAUGUUAGGGAUCUCCUCGCUUUCCUUCCUAGGUACAUUGGGGUUCUCAACGUGACUUUCAAAAAGCAGCCACGCCGCAAAUCCACGCUUAAGAGAGAGGAUACGGCUGCUUUAGAGCGAAAGCUGCUUGACCAGAGCGAUUUGAAAAAGGCCCUAGGGAGCAAUGGAGCUGUUGGUCAACAUGAAGCCGUGUCUAGCCCAGCUGAGGAUACAAAUGCGGCCCCUACGCACACUAGAGUAAUCAGUCAAUCUCUGCAAUCUAGUCAAAUUCCGGUGCCUACUGUCACUUUUGUUGAUAAUCAACAUAUUCUGCCGCGCAAUCUGCUGCAGCCUUCGCCAAGUCCGACUAUCGAGGUCGGUAGCAGCCGCGUUAGAAGCAGCUCGGCUGUCACCGUGCCAGGUUGUAGUCCGGAUGGGCGGAAAAAGGCCGCGAGCCGGCCAACGCUUGAAGAUCGACAUGCGAACAGCUGGGGUGCCACAACGGUCAACAAGGAUUUGCGGAACAAGGUUUUCAACGACGUUUUCAUGAAGACACCUUUUCCAAUGCGGCCACACCGCAGGUGGCACUCGCAGCGUGCACCCCUUCCAAGGUCCUCACUGCCGAACUUUUUGGUGCCUGCAGGCAGUGUUGAGGACAGGGCAGAAUCCGAGCCUGAUCUUCCGCCACGCCGCUCGAGCACUGGUCAAGCCAGCUCUCGGUUACGCAACAGCUUGAGCGAUAUGGGGCCCGAAAUUGAUCAUUCAGAGAGCACAUCGGUGCCGAAGAACGUCCAGGACAGACUCAAAGCAGAGGAAGAUGUCGGACCUAAGGACAUUACGGGCACAAGUGCACCAGAGCCCGAGAUUCCUGUCGAGAAGGGAGCUUCUCAGGGUAAACGUCGUCGGUAUUCUGGUACGGCUUUGCGCAGGAGGGCCAAAGAGGGGUUGGAUUCAUCUGAGAGGAAACUGCAAUACUUUCAAGAGCCCGACGAUGAGGACUUCAAACGGGAAACUGAUUUUGAUACCGGAUUGGUUCCUGCAGCAGUGGAGGGAAACUCACAAAAAAACCCAACACAAAACGAUAACGGGCGCCCCAGGAGCACAGACUCAGAUGCAGGACCGGCGACUUUGCAUCUUGAGCCAGAAGAGACGCCUGUCACGUCCCCCGGCUGGACUAUAAGCAAUUACCCUUCAACAGUUACAUCGGGGGCCGCCAGCCCAUCGACCGAGUUCAAGCGAAUAUCGCGACCCGUCAACCCCAAGGAGGCCCGCGUGGCCGAUUCGCGCGUGGAAUACUUCCUCCUGCUUGAGGACUUGACCGCAGGCAUGAAACGGCCAUGUAUCAUGGACCUCAAGAUGGGGACCCGUCAAUACGGAGUCGACGCGACCCCUAAGAAGCAGGCUUCACAGCAACGCAAGUGCGCAGCCACCACGUCGCGGAGCCUCGGCGUACGGGUCUGCGGGUUGCAAGUGUGGGACGCAGCGCAACAGACAUAUAUAUUUCGAGAUAAGUACUAUGGCCGGGACCUCAGACCUGGGGCCGAAUUCCAGGAGGCGUUGACGCGAUUCCUGUACGACGGUGUGGAUCCGGCGAGCAUCCUUCGACACAUACCCACCGUCCUGUCCAAGCUUAGAGAGUUGGAGGUCAUCAUUGAAAAGCUAGACGACUACAGAUUCUAUGCGGCCAGCCUAUUGAUGUUUUAUGACGGAGAUCGGAGCGGCGAUGACGGGAACGAGACCGCGAUCGAGGAUUCGACUACGGACUUUGCCACGGACACUGAAGAGGGACGCACGGCUGCCUCGGUUGCCGCGCGCAAGAGUCGCAAGCGUAACAAGCGCGAGAUUGAUUUCAAGAUUGCCGACUUUGCCAACGGAGUCACAGCCUUGUCCGGUGGUUAUGGGGCCGAGGACAGGCCCUGUCCGCCACAGCACCCCGGCCAGCCCGACCGCGGCUUUCUGAGAGGCCUAAGAAGUCUCCGGCGCUACUUUUUGAAGAUCCAGAGGGAGACGAGGGAGCAGCUCGGACUCGGGCUUCUUGGCAGUCGUCACGGAGUCAAUUACGAUGGCGCGGCCGACAGCGGCUUUGGUGGCGAUGAUGGAUGGGAUGAGGACGAGGGUUCUGUGAGCGAAUGAGAGGGUGCUUGCCGAUGAUGGAACAAAGAUUUGUAUUACGAAAUUAUGGAUCUGGAUGUUUUAUCCGGAAGUGGGAUAGAAGAUGUGAGAGAGGGUUGCUUUUUUUUCUUAGUACAAAUUGCUGCUGAAUUCUUUGUCCUGAAUCUUUUUAUUGUUCGUUUCUUGAUUUCUUUACCAUGAAAUGUUUUGGUCUUGGUCUCUGUUUUUCUGCAUGUCUAUAGAAUACCCCCUUUUCCAUCGGUCUCUUAUGUUUUACGAAACAUUACUGCAAAGGUCUGGCCUGGCGUCCUUUUCAAAGUGAUACAGGACAAAAACGAGCAAAAAAGAGGAAAAAACAAAACUUAGCUUACUGGAUGGUUUCACUACAUACCUACUACUAUUACAGGAUUGCCUGGUGAUGAUGCUUGCUUUUUACCUUGGGAAAAAAAGAAUCUACGAUGCGGAUGGGGG